AAGUCCCCGAGCCCAGAGCGGUUAAACUCUCGCUGCGGGCGACUUCCGCUUCCUGGCCUAAAUCUGACACGUACUAUUACCCCCGGUGGCAACGAUCCUGGGUCGGUAACAGCUGAAGAAUCGGGCGAUGCCCUCAGCCCACGGGUGGACAGAGGCGCUGUCAGUAUCCAGCAAGCCAUCUCUUCCACAGUAUCCAGUAAGCCAUCUCUUGGUGCCCCCAGGAAGCAUUUCUGGGGUGAAUGUGGAAUAACUGACUAUGUGGACACUGUCCACAUUUCUUGGAAUCUCUGUGGAGUCCCAGGACCAGACCUCAUAAUGAAGGCUGCAGGAUCUCCUUCUAGCCCCAGCAGCUCUGGCUGAGCCCACAGAUGCCCUCCUGACUUCAAGCUCCUGGUAGGAACUGAGUUGUCAGCAAGAGGCCCAGGGCUGAGGCUCAGCAGGAACAUGCCAUCCAACCGGAACUCUCCCCCAUGGACCACGACCCUGGCUGCAGAGGGACAUGGCAGGUUGAGUGAGGUCUCAGUAUCAUUCAAGGAUGUGACUGUGGACUUCAGCAGGGAGGAGUGGCAACACCUGGACCCUGCUCAGAGGCGUCUAUACCGGGAUGUGACACUAGAGAACUAUAGCCACCUGCUCUCAGUUGGGUACAAAGUUCCCAAACCUGAGGUCAUCUUCAAGUUGGAGCAAGGAGAGGGACCGUGGACAUUGGAGGGGGAAACCCCACAUCAGAGCUGUUCAGAUGAAGAUGUUGGGCAAACCAAACAACAGAGAAUUUCUGGAGAAGUUUUAUUCCAGUGUGAGAAAUUUGGUCAAUCCAUAGAAGAUUCAUUGUGUUCCAUUUUAGAAUUGUGGCAAGAUAAUGACCAGCCGGAGAGAGAUCAAGAAAAGCAAAAUAACCCUCUAAGUCAUGUGAAAGUAUUCAUUAAAGAGAGGGGCUAUGAAUGUAAAAACUUUGAAAAACUAAUUCAUGUGAGUACCAAGAUUGUUCCUUCAAUUAAAAGACUCCAUAACUAUGACACAUUUGGAAAGGGUUUGAAGCAUACUUUAAACUUACAUAAUCAUAAUAAAAGCAAUGCAACAAUGAGCCUGGAUAAGAUUUUUGGAAAUGGCAACAAUUUUUCCCAUAGCUCUUCCUGCACUAAGAAUGACAAUGCUAAUACAGGAGCAAAUGCUUGUGAACACAAUCAGUGUGGAAAACAUCUUGGCCACAAACAAGCUCUCACCCACCAUCAGAAAAUUCACACCAGGAGGAAACUUUGUGUAUGUACUGAGUAUGUGAAGAGCUUCACCCAGAAGUCAGAUCUCUUUGCACAUCAGAGAAUUAAUGCUGGAGAAAAAUCUCAUGAAUGCAACAAAAGUGAUACGGUCUUCACCCAGAAGCCCCAAACUGAUGUAGCUCAGAGUGUUUAUACAAGAGAAAAGUCCUAUAUAUGUACUCAUUGUAAGAAGGCCUUUACUCUCAAGUCAAACCUCACUACACAUCAGAAAAUUCAUACUGGGCAGAAACCCUACAAAUGCAGUGAAUGUGAAAAAGCCUUUUUCCACAGAUCUUAUCUCUUUAGACAUAUGAGAAUUCAUACAGGAGAAAAACCUUAUGAAUGCAGUGAAUGUGGAAGGGGCUUCUCCCAAAAUUCAGACCUCAGUAUUCAUCAGAAAACUCACACUGGAGAGAAACUCUAUGCAUGCAGUGAGUGUGGGAAAGCCUUCACAAGAAAAUCAGCACUCAGGAUGCAUCAGAGAAUCCACACAGGAGAGAAACCCUACGUAUGCACUGAAUGUGGGAAGGCCUUCAUCCAGAAAUCACAUUUCAAUACACAUCAGAGAAUUCAUACUGGAGAGAAGCCUUAUGAAUGCAGUGACUGUGGGAAGUCAUUCACUAAGAAGUCACAACUCCAUGUGCAUCAAAGAAUUCACACAGGAGAAAAGCCCUAUAUAUGCACAGAAUGUGGGAAGGUCUUUACUCAUAGGACAAACCUCACUACUCAUCAGAAAACUCAUACUGGAGAGAAACCCCAUAUGUGUGCUGAAUGUGGGAAGGCUUUCAGUGAUCAGUCAAAUCUCAUUAAACAUCAGAAAACUCAUACUGGAGAGAAACCCUAUAAAUGCAAUGGUUGCGGAAAAGCCUUCAUAUGGAAGUCACGCCUCAAAAUACAUCAGAAAUCUCAUAUUGGAGAGAGACACUAUGAAUGUAAUGAAUGUGGGAAAGCCUUUAUCCAGAAAUCAACACUAAGUGUGCAUCAGAGAAUCCAUACAGGAGAGAAACCCUAUGUUUGUCCUGACUGUGGGAAGGCCUUCAUCCAGAAAUCACAUUUCAUUGCACAUCAUAGAAUUCAUACUGGAGAGAAGCCUUAUGAAUGCAGUGACUGUAGAAAAUGCUUCACUAAGAAGUCACAACUCCGUGUGCAUCAGAAAAUUCACACAGGAGAGAAACCCAAUAUAUGUACUGAAUGUGGGAAAGCUUUCACUGACAGGUCAAAUCUCAUAACACACCAGAAAAUCCAUACUCGAGAGAAACCCUAUAAAUGCAGUGACUGUGGAAAAACCUUCACCUGGAAAUCACGCCUCACCAUCCAUCAGAAAUCUCAUACUGGAGAGAGACACUAUGGAUGCAGUAAAUGUGGGAAAGCUUUCAUCCAGAAAGCAACACUAAGUAUGCAUCAGUUAAUUCACACAGGAAAGAAACCCUAUGCUUGUACAGAAUGUCAGAAGGCCUUCACUGACAGAUCAAAUCUCAUUAAACACCAGAAAACUCAUAGUGAAGAAAAAUUUUAUAAAAGCAGUGACUGAAAAAACGCCUUCAGCUGGAAAUUGUAGCUGUGUAUGCAUCAGAUGGCUCAUAGUGAAGAAGAGGAGUGCCUGAUGCCACAAUCAUUGUGCGUGGGGAAAUAGAUGCAACAGACUGCAUGUGAAGUGAACAGAAUGCAAACAAAGCCAAGUAUCCCCCAAAACCAAAUAACUGCAUCACCACAGUUGAUACACAAUUCUACAUGUAGGGAGACUCUUUCAACAAUAGUCCUGUUUGGUUUCAUGACUCAUGUAGGUGGGUCUCAAGCUCCUGCAAAUAGUAGAAAAAGGGACCCCAGAAGAUUAUUUGUAAUCUCAUAUGUUUCACUUUUUGAAUAAAGGACUUUAUAAAUUCAGCAUUGAUUAGUUCUUCAUACCCUGGAGUGAAAGGUAUUCAAUAUUGGACAAAGUUUUUCAAAUUUCUAGGGUUGGGAAAAACAUUUUCAUUGUCUAAAUACUUGCAGGGCACAGAAGUCAAGGCAAAAACCUACUUCAGAAUGCAGAUCUGUGAGUAGAAGCCAGGAGUUUUUGUGAUCAUUGACAUUUAGGACACAGAAAAGACUGCCAUGAACUAUUCUUUCUCUUCCCUUUGAGAAGUCACCAUGGUAUGCUUCUUAAAAAUGUAAUUUUAAAACUUAAAGUUAAGUCUGACUUUAUGCAUUGGCAAAUUAAGCAAAGCUCUAGCUUAUGUUACAAGAAUACAGUUAUUACAUGUUGCACACAUCUAAAGGUGGCAAUUGUUCCCUCAUUAAUUCCAUGAUGUGGCAACAGGUUGAUGAUUCACACUCGAAAAAACCAUGCAUACCUUCUAACCCAUACCCCAAAACCUACCAUUUACAUCAAUUGCAUGCCACAGACUUCUUAUCUCUUUAGUGACUGACCUUGACCCAUGAGACUCUGGACUUCCAGUCUCAUCCACUGAAGCCUUUGCUUUCUUUUGAAUUCUUGUUCGAAAAAGAAUGAGUGAGAAAUUGGGUUUUAAUACAUAAAGUUUUGCUUUUAUUUUUCUACCAAUUUGAUUAACACAUUCAUUUUCUAUAUGCAUAUUAAGACUACUUUUGUGUGGAUUGCUGUGGGAUAGUCAUUUUGCAUUGUAGUUGGCUAGUUUAAGAUAUGAUUAAGCUUAUGAUAGUUGAAUAACUGGAAGACUUUUCUAGAAAGAGCAUUGCUUUUUUUAAAGCACUGAUAUAUAGAUACUUUCUCAUUUUCUCUUAAAUGUUUUUAAACAAUACUCAUGAGAAAGGGAGUUUUAUUUCUUAAAUGCAAUUUAAUUUUACUAAAGUAUAAUGCAUACAGAAAAUACAUAUGUCAUAAGCAUACAGCUGAAUGAAUUCUCACAAACUGAAAAUACUCAGAUCAAGAAACAGAACAUGACCAACACUCUAGAAGCAAUCCCUUUGCUCCCUUCCAGGCCUUACUACUGCCUCCCUCCACAAAGGUAACCACUGUCCUGACUUUUUUUUUGUCCUUACUUUUAACAGCACAGAUUGUUUUUCUGUUUUGUAUUUUAUAUACAUUAAGUCAAACAAUUAUAAUUUAUAUUUUAGUGUUUAUCUUCUUUCAUUCACAUUAUGAAUGUUAGGUUCAUCUAUAUUGUUUAAUAUAGUUGUAGUUAAUUCAUUGUCAUGUUAUAUUCUACUAUGUGAAUAUGCUAUAAUAUAUUUAUCCAUCCUACUAUUGAUGGACAUUUGGAUUGUUUGCAGCUUGGGAUUAUUAGGAAUAGUGCUGCUAUAAAUAUAUUAGUACCUAUCUAAUGGUGAACAUAUUUAUGAAUUUGUUAAGUAAAUGCCAGGUCAUAGAGUGUCCAUAUAAUCUGCUUUAGUUUAUAAAACUAGUUUUCCAAAGUGGCUGUGCCAACAGCAAAUUAUGAAGCAAAUUCUAGUUACUCUAAACUUUAUCAACACUUGUUAUUUUCUAUCUUUUUUACUUUAGCCAUUAUGGUGGCUAUAUAGUGAUAUCACAGUGUUGUUUAAUAUUUAUUUCAUUGUCCUCCAAUCCCACCAUAGUGUCUCUCCAAGACAGCUGACUGAUAUCUGAGUUCUGAGACCCCAUCACAGUCCUCACAUGUCUGUACCAUUUUAUAUUCCACCUUCAAUAAAAGCAAUUAAUAGGUUUAAUUCUUUUUUAAAAAAAUUUAUUGUAUUUUUUCUGUUACUGUUUGACCCCCGUAUACCCUCCUCAGUUUAAUUCUUCUCGCACACACAAAAGACCAAAACUAGAUGGUUUAAUUGGUUAAUGGCAUCAAACACUUGUGAGAUAAAUAAUAUCUAUGUUCCACAAAAUCUCUCAGAAAACAGGAGAGGGGAGUACUCCCCAAUUCUAUGAGGGCAGUAUUACCCUAAUACUUAAGCCAUACAAACAUAUCACAGGAAAAGAAAACUAAAGACCAUUAUUCCUAAUGAACAUAGAUGUAAAAAUCUUCAAUAAAAUACUAGCAAACUGAAUCCAGAAAUAUGUAAACAUAUAUAUCAUGAUCAACUGGGAUUUAUUCUAGUGAUGCAAGGCUGCUUCAAAAUUCAAAAUCAUGCAAUAUAAUCUAUCAUAUUAGCAGGCUAAAAAAGAAAAAUUACAUGAUCUACAGGUUCAGUACAACUCUCUCCAAUUUCCAACAAGUCUUUCUUGCCUAGAAAUUUAUAAGCUAAUCCUAAAAUUUAUACAGACAUAGAAAGGACCAAGAAUAGCAAAAAGAAGUUUGCCAAAGAACAAACUGGGAGGAAAUUCACUUCCUAAUUUCAAAAUUAUUAUAAAAGUAGAGUAAUCAAGACAGUAUGGUAAUGGGAUGGGGACAAAGAAAUAUUCUGUUAAUGGAACAGAAUAGAGAGUCCAGGAGCAAACCCUCAUACUUAUGGUAAAAAUAUUCUUUAUAAAAGUGUUAAGGUAAUUCAAUGGAGAAAAACAGUCUUUUUAACAUUUACUGAAAGAAUAAUUGGAUAUUCACACACAAAAAGAUGAAUUUAAAUCUUGUUUAACACCAUACUAAAAAUGAACUCAGAAUGGAUCAAAGAUGUAAAUAUAAAAGCUAAAAUUAUGAAAGUUUUAGCAGAAAACAUAGGAGAAAAAUCUCUGUGUCUUUGUAUUAAGCAAGUAAUUCUUAGAGAGUAUACCAUGAAGAAAAGAAUGAUAAAUUGGACUUCAUCAGAACAAAAAAGGUCUAUACUUCAAAAGACACUAUUAAGAAAGGGAAAAGACAAAACAGACUAGGAGAAAAUAUCUGUAAAUCAUGUAUCUGACAAAGGACUUGUAUUUAGAAAAUAUAAAGAAUGCAAUAAUAAAAAAAGAAAAACAACCCAGUUUAAAAAUGGGCAAAAGGCCCUGACUGGUUUGAUUCCAUUGGACAAUAUCCCACGAAAGGUCGCAGGUUCAAUUCCCAGUUGGGGCACAUGCAUGGGUUGUGGGCCAGGUCCCUGGUUGGGGCAUGUAUGAGAGGCAACUGAUUGUUGUUUCUCACACAUUGAUGUUUCUCUUCCUCUCUUUUCUAAAAAAAUAAAUAAAUAAUUUUUAAAUGGGCAAAAGAUUUCAAGAGACAUUUGCAACCUAAGUACCCAUCAGUAAAUGAGUGGAUCAAAAAACUGUGGUACAUUUACACAAUGGAAUACCAUGCAGCAGAAAGAAAGAAGGAGCUCCUAUCGUUCGUGACAGCAUGGAUGGAACUGGAAAGCAUUAUGCUAACUGGAAAGCAUUAUGCUAAGUGAAAUAAGCCAGGGGGCAAAAGACAAAUAUCAUAUUAUCUCACUUAUAAGUGGGACCUAAUAAGCAAAACAAACAAGCAAGCAAAAUACAACCAGAGACAUUGAAAUAACAAUCUAAAAGUAACCAGAG